AUGUUAACCCCGCCAGAUUCCCCGAUUGAUCCUUUGGGGCUGGGGCCUCCCAAGCUUCCGCAGGUUUUCUCAGAUGAUGAGGAGGAAAAGGAUUCUAUCGCAGUAUCAUCUGAUGGUGAGCAUGGGUCCUCGGCCAAUGAAUUCUAUGGCAUCGAAAGUGAUGAAGACAUCAGUGAAGGUGUUGACAAUGACACCAAUGAUGGCAACAACGACAGGGAUGAUGGUGAAGAUGGUGACAGCAACGAUUGCAAUGACGGCGAAGACGGUGACAGCGCCGAGAGCGAUGACGGCGAAGAUGGUGAUAGCGACGCCAAUGGGCCACCUAGCAAGCACCGUCGUGUGGACGACUCGAGCGAGGAUGGUGGAGGUCUCGACGACGAUGACGCCACAUAA